CCCGGCUCGAUACCAAUGAACCGCUUUAGAACCCAACGCACCUACACCUACUAGAUCGAUGCCCCGAGUUGCCCCGGGACAACGGAAGCGGUCGUAUCGUCCCAAGACGCGCACCGGCUGCUUGACCUGCAAUGAGAUUGAGCGCCGCGUCAAGUGCACCGAAGAGCGCCCGGCCUGUCUGCGCUGUACCUCAACCGGCCGAGUGUGCGACGGCUACGAGGCUCCGCCCCCAUCGCCCUCGUCUAGCCUCACGACAUUACGAUCAAACGCAUUCACAAGGCCUCUCAUUCCCCGGUCGCUCGGUGAUGAUCUACUCAUCUCCGACCGAGAGCGUCGCUCGUUCCAGUUUUUUAUAGCCAAGACUGCCCCACAGCUGGCCGGCGACUUCGAAUGUGUCUUCUGGGAACGCCUGCUACUGCAGUCUGCGCACCACGAGCCGGCCAUCCGCCAUGUCACUGUUGCAUUGGGCUCGCUGCAUGAGCGCCUGGAGCGUGAUGCGGGCACUGUCUACCAAACCGGCACUCAGAUCAUGCACGACUCCUUUGCUUUGCGACAGUACCUAUGCGCCAUGCGUUGUCUGAUGCCGGCGCCGGGCGGCUCACAGCCCCUUGACGUCUGCUUAAUGUCUUGUAUUCUAUUCGCUUGCUUCGAGGCAAUGCGCGGCCAAUACGGUUCGGCUAUCACUCACAUCACCAGCGGACUAAAAAUCCUUGAUGAACUUCGAGCCAAUCCAUUCGACAAAUCCACAGCUCUGAGCAAAGGUCGCAUGCCGUAUGUUCCCAUCGACGUGGUGUGUGGCCUCUUUACUCGCCUGCAAGCGCAAAUUAUUGUGACCGUCCACCGUAUGAGUGCAGCGCGUGCUAACAUCUGGCCUGAGCUGGUCAUUGAGCUGGACAGACCCAUCGUGUUCCACUCUUUAGCAGACGCGCGCGAGACCCUCGAAAUUUACACGUACUACUACCGGCAGCGCAAUAUGGGGCUGCAACACGAACGUACGAAGGCGGAGCAGCAUUCCCCUUUCUCAGAGUCCAUAGAGCUAGUGAAUGGGUUAAAUCACGCGGCUGUUGCUCUGCGUGACGUCUCGAUUUCCCUGCUGGAUCGCUGGUCUACCGCACUAGACGACUUUCUGCGUGAGCGCAGUGCUCCCUUGACGGACCGCGAGCGGCGCGGUCUCGCAGUGCUCCAGCUACGUAAGAUCGACUGCUUGAUUUCGCUAGAUAUCUUCGAGCCUGCGGGUCAGGCCGAGGCAGGCGACAAUGUCGACUGGGACAAGUAUUGUGGCCUUUUCGCAGAGAUGGUUACCCUAGGCGAGUCCAUUGUGGGGUUCUCCCCAAUUCUUUCUCCAUUUCAUCCCUCAGACGCGGCUUCCUUUCCUCCUUCACCAACUCCUAAAACUUUCUCGCUCGAUCUCGGCAUUAUCGCAGCCAUGUUCAACGUCGCCGUGCGGUGCCGUGACCCUCACAUCCGCCGGCGAGCUGUACGGGUGCUUCGUACCUCUGCAGUUCAGGAAGGAGUGUGGAACAGUGCCGUCGUGGCCGCGAUCGCGGAUAAAUGGAUUGAGAUUGAAGAGGAGGGUUUAGAUAUUGUUGCGAGUUGUGCCGAUGUGCCUGCUGUCGUGCGAGUGUCGGACUUCCUACCCGUGUUUGAUGGCGAGGAACCCACCGCGUUGGUCUAUUAUAGGCACUCAGCUGCGUUCGAUGCUGGGGGUGUACGAAAAGAAGUCUUCAGGUGGUAACGACUGCUUGGUUUAGACGACCAGUCUCUGAGAGUUUUCUGUGCCUCAAAACCUGCUACUGUAAUAUUUGAUCCACUUGCGGUUUUGUGAUAUUUUAAAUCUCCUGGUCGCUGGACUUGAGUUCGAAGGAGGCUUUCCGCGGUUUAAGGGUCUGCGGCUUGAUU